UCCUCCUCCUUCCCCUCCCACCCCCAGCCAGCCGGCAUCGCCCCGCUCCCCCCCCAAGCUCCCCUGUGUCGCGGCGCUUAGUGCGCUCGCCCGCCAUGGGGGUGGCGGAGGUGCUGGGAGCCGCGGCGGCGCGGCUGCUGUUUUACCCGACGCUGCUGUACACAGCAGCGCGGUCGCUGCCGCCCGGGUCCAGCCGGCCCUGGUUCCACCGCAUCGACGGCUCCGUACUGCUGGGGGCGCUGCCGCUGCGGGGCCGCAGCCGCAGGCUGGUGGCCGAGGAGAACGUGCGCGCCGUGGUCACCCUCAACGAGGAGUACGAGACCCGCUUCCUCUGCUGCUCCGCCCAGGAAUGGGAGGCAAUGGGAGUGGAGCAACUGCGUCUCAGCACUGUGGAUCUAACUGGAGUCCCCACCUUGGAAAAUCUCCACCAAGGUGUUGAAUUCAUACUGAAACACCGAGCCUGCGGUAACAGUGUCUACGUGCACUGUAAGGCAGGACGCUCCCGCAGUGCCACUGUGGUGGCAGCAUAUUUAAUUCAAGGUUUCUGCCUUUUCAGCUGCAUCACUGGAGCCCUCAGGAAGCAGUAGAGGCUAUCGCCAAGAUCCGUCCCCACAUCCUUAUUCGGCACAAGCAAGUCCGGGUCCUGGAGACCUUUCACAGGAAUGUGAUUGCUGGGACUGCAGACUGUCAGUAAGAAUUAUCAAAAUCUUUGUCUUGGCUGCUUAAUCUUAAUGAUCUAAUGAAGGCUUACACAUGGUACCUGACCAUCAAUAAAGACAUUUCUACAUAAAUUACAGUAAAUCAUAGAAUGGUUUGAGUUGGAAGGGACCUUAAAGAUCAUCUACUUCCAACCCCCUGCCAUGGGCUGGGACACCUAGCUCAGGCUGCCCAAGGCCCCAUCCAACCUGGCCUUGAACAAUUCCAGGGAUGGGGCAUCCACAACUUCCCUGGGCAACCUGUUCCACUGCCUAACCACCCUCAUUGUGAAGAAAUUCCUCCUUAUGUCUAGUCUAAAUCUGCCCCUCUCCUGUUUAUAGCCAUUGCCCCUAGUCCUAUCACUACAUGCCCUUAUAAAAAGGGGAAGCUGGGCUGUUUCAUUAAAGCUUGCUUUCCUUACAGCUAAUCCCUUAGUUCUCUUGGAGCCCCACAGUUCUUCUCUCCCAUAUACAGCAUCAGUACUGAGCUGAGAUGCAAUCCACAGGAAGUUCUAUAAUAUUUGCAGCAAUGGAAAAGAAAAGUUUGUCUCAGCAGAGACUUUAUUCAGGUUCUUACCCAAAGGGUUACAGUGCCAACAGAAAGGGGUAGGAUGAAGUGGUCUUAAUGUGUCUUUCAUCAAUAGUAUGAUUACAGGUGGAGAUUCCUGUACAAUAAAGGAAGCCAAUGCUCAUAAAAAUUAUCUCCCUCUUUAUGGCAGGUGAUGACAGAGCAGUAAGCAAGUUCUUAGUUUGUUACCACUCCUCUAGGAGAAGUGCUGUAUAAUACUAAAGGUCUCAGGGUCAGCUCUGAAAUCUGUCUCCUGUAAAUAUUUCUGCCAGUCCCUCCUUCUGCAGUAGGGACAUAGGAAUGUUUAAAUGGGGAUGUCCAUGGAGGACAUGGUGCACAUCUAACUGUGACUGACAUGGCAGCAACACACGGUCUCCCAGGGAGGUAAAACUAGCAGUCUGCCAAGGAGGACAUUGUCCAUAUGCUAUAGGAUUUGUCAUUGGCAGACUGGUGCCAGGCUAAAAACCAUUUGCUGCAGUUUGGGCCUCAAAUACAAGCAGCUUAUCAAGGGAUCAAAGUAAUAGCAUUUAGUCCAUCCUGAAUCUAAGAUGCAGCAGUUCAACUUUAACAGUGCUAUGUAAAAGAACAGGCCCAAA